CAACCAUACAAUCGACCAAACAUCCUAUACUGUGGUCUUUCACCUCCAUCCUCAUCACUGCAUCUUCAACGUCGAACACCACAGGGUUCAGAAAGACAAUUAUAUACCAGCCGGACACCCAGCAAAACCUCAGAAAUGUGCAACUCCGACCUCUUCCUCGCCUUCAUCGCCAUCCUCUUCCCUCCUCUCCCAGUCUGGGUCAAGACCGGCCUCUGCUCCGCCGACUCCCUCAUCAACAUCCUGCUCUGCAUGCUCGGCUUCCUCCCCGGCCUCCUCCACGCCUGGUACAUCAUCGCCAAGAACCCUGAGCUCGAAUCCUACGACGCACUUCCCCAGGACGCCGAGGCCGGCAGCCGCGUCACCUACAUCUACGUGCAGACCGAUGGUUCCGCAUCGCGACAACAGCAACAGCGCCAGCCGCAGGGCUACGGGACCGUGAAGCCGAUGGGUGCGCCGCAGUUGCAGCAGCAUCAGAAUGGGACGUGGGGACAGGGUAGCCAGCCAGAAGAGGGCGAGGGAAGCCACCCGGCACCGCCGACGUAUGCGCAGGCUGUGACAGGAGCGACGGGGGAUCACAAGGUGCAGACGCACGAUUAGGUGGGUGCUGACGACUGUGAUUUAUGCGGCGAAGAGUGGGUAGGGAUUGGGUUUUAAUUUUCUUUGUUGGCCGCGUUGCGUUCGGUCUACAGAGCAUGGGAGAAUGGCGUACUUGAUUGUUUUCUUGUUGGAAUAUGAGGGGUCUAUAUGGGCACUGGCGGUUGACUGCGAUGGCUGGUUGCCAGAACACCACUCUUUGCAUGAAUCGUAUGAUUGCUUCGUGCGUCACGGCUUUGGACGAGUUUGCAGGUCGUGCUUCGUGAGAGACAUUAGCUUUAGUUAAAUUCUUAUGGCAUACAUCCACGCCUUUAAAUCAGAUGAGCUUCUGGAAGGACAUAGGCACUGUCACAGUCACUACGGAUAGGGCCAUCUGACAAUUCGGUCUAGUACUGCUACAUUUGACCUUUUCUUGACCCUCUGAUGAUUUUUAUUAUCUUUCUAAGCUUGCUUUGUAGGUGAAGUCUACAUAAUCUAGAACCCUGGCUUUUAUAUCCACACCUUCCUUCGACUGCCAUCCAG